AUGUACUGUGAGACUCAACAAUUGCAUGAAUUGUCAGAAGACAUUACAACUACGUGUAGAAUGGAAGGUUAUAUCGAGAAAUUACCAGUUGGACAGACCAAAGCGUCACUGAUAAAAGGAUGGAAGAGGAGAUACUUCAGAGCUAAAGAAGGAAAUUUGUUUUAUUAUGAGUCUUUAGUAAUAGUUGAUAUUGGUACGUGCUCUGUACGAGCUGGUCUAUUACCAGAAGGGGAUGGGCCAAUCACGGCACCUCAGAUAUUCUUUCCGACAAUAUGUGCGAAAAACAAACAUGACCCCAGCAAGAAGUUAUACGGAUAUGAGGCUUUAUCACCGCAUGUCAGAGAAAAUUCAACUAUCAGUUUUCCUAUAAGGAAUUCAGUUAAAAUGGAUCGGCUUGGGUUAAAUCUGGAAGCCACAGCUGAUAUCCUGGAGAAAGUAUUUGAUGAGCUUGGUAUUGAUCCUUCCAGAUUUACAGUUGUCAUGGUAACCAUAGAAAUCUCGGAGUUGAAGGAAAGGUGAAACUUGCAGAUAUUUUAUUUAAUCAUUUCAAUGUUGCUGGUAUUUACAUUCAAGAACAGUCUAUUUUUGCUUUGUAUUCCUACAACACAACAACUGGUAUCAUAG